AUAGAAAAGCUUUUUAUUCAGCGUGUUUUAUAAAUCGAUACUGUUUUUAUAUUGUUUGCAAAGCGAAUAUAUGCUGCUCGGUGAAGCCCGCAGGGCACAUUUACCAUAAAGACGCUUGGUUUAGCAAACGCACUGAGAUCUCGCGCAGAAAUCAUGGGAGGACACGACGCAGGAACUCACCACCAGUUCACUGGCAUCGCCAAGUACUUCAAUUCAUACACAAUCACAGGCAGGAGGAAUUGUGUGUUGGCCACAUACGCCAGUAUUGCUGCCAUUAUCCUCUUCUUCAAAUUGAAGCCCAAGAAGCAAAAGGCCGUGAAAUCAAGUUAAUUUAUAGAUGUUUUGUGAUGCAGCUAGGGGUGCGGGAAGCUGGAUGUCCUUGUUUUGACCUCAUCACUUCAGUUUAACUAUGUAAAGAAUAAAAAAAGAUCACUUGUACCGAACAAA